AUGUCGGCGAAGAAGGAAGCGGCCCCGGCCGUCUACGUGGUGAACAAUGGGCGCGGCGGACCUUACUCUACCAGCUGGAACACCACUACCGCCCGGCGCGACACCGAGAAGACGUUCAGCUUCCCGCUCGACCUGUCCUGCGCACCGCACGCGAGCGGUCGUCGUCGCUUCGGGCAGCGCGACGGCAUCCGCGUGGGUCACGCCGUACUCGCCAUCAACGGCGCCGAGGUCAACGGGCGCUUCACGGCGGACGGGAAGGACGUGCUGGAGUUCCUGGGCAACCCCGCCAACUACCCGGUGUCCAUCCGCUUCGGCCGCCACCGCCUCUCCUCCAACGAGAAGCUCAUGCUGGCCUCCAUGUUCCACUCGCUGUUCGCCAUCGGAUCGCAGCUGUCCCCCGAGGUUGGGAGCUCCGGGAUCGAGAUGCUCGAGACUGACACCUUCAAACUGCACUGCUUCCAGACGCUGACAGGGAUCAAAUUCAUGGUUCUUGCUGACCCGAGACAGACGGGGAUAGAUGCUCUUCUCCGCAAAAUCUAUGAGAUUUACUCUGACUUCGCUUUGAAGAAUCCUUUCUACUCCCUGGAGAUGCCAAUCAGGUGUGAAUUGUUUGAUCAGAACUUGAAACUUGCUCUGGAGGUGGCAGAGAAAGCUGGACCUUUCGGACCUGGAUCAUAGAGAAAGCCUUGCCUGUUGCUCAGACUCCUUACUCUUGAAGAGUGGGGCCUCUCUCUUCCCUGGCUGGCCUCUCACAGAGCUCUCCCCUCCACAGCAGAGACUGCACAUCCCCAAAACAUGCUUCAUUAUCUCCCAGGAUACCAUUUUAUCACCUUUGUUGUGAAACUUACCUUAAACAGAUUUCUUAGCACUGUUUACAUUGGGCCACAGGGGCUUAUUCUGCUGUUGCAGCUCCACUGCACUCGGAUGAAGGACGAUGCUGGUCCAUGGCCUUACCAAACUCAGUGGUUUUCUUUCCUGUCAUAACUGUACAUAUGUAUUUUUCCUGUAUAGCUCUAACUUAUGGUCUUGCAGAGAGUUUCUAUACAGAAAUAAUAAGUGUUCAUUAAAGAG